AUGAAAAGGGUUCUUAUUUCUAUUAACGGUUCACUUUAUUCUAAACUAUUAGUGGAAGGCACUCCUGCGCUGAGGAUUCUCAUUGAAAAUGCCAAAGACGUGGAUUACGUUUACCUCAUCUGCAAAAACAACGGCAACACACACGUCAUUACCAUUGACCGAAACAACUACACAGAAAGAAUAAACGCCCUCAGCAAAUCCAUAAAUAAUUACGUCCAACAAUCCAUCAACAAAAUCGACAACGCCGUCGCGGACGAAAUACGGCAAAUGAAGAAGAACCUCAAACGUUUGAACGGAUUUGAGAAAACGCGCAAUAUCAAUGAAGACUUCUGUGCCAAGGGUGACGCUGUUCCUAUGACAUGGACUUUUCUACGUGACCCAAGUGGCAAACUCGCACUGACGUGCGGAUCUUCAAAGGGUCUUCUCUGCUCCACAUCACAGACUGUUGAUACCACCCAUGUAUGCGCUGCAGCUCAAGAAGUGCCAUGCGCCUGGAGCAGCCGAACAAUAGACGCGAAUGCUUCCGACAUAAACAUUACGAUUCCUGCCAUUGUGGAAGGUAUUCCUGCGCGGAGGCUUAUCAUCAAAAAUGCCACAGACUUGGAUUUCCUCUACCUCUUCUGCAAGCACAAUGGCAUCCGUCACGUCUUCACCAUUGCGAGAAACAAUUACAAAGAGAGGAUACAUGCGCUCAAAAAAUUCCUCCAGGAAACCGACACUGCUGACGAGGAAGAAAUAAUCCGAAUAAAGCGGAACCUCAAAGUAUUGAACAUGGAGGAGAAUGGAGGGUUAUUAACCUAUAAGCACAUUGCAGAACGGUCUGAGGAAAACACGGUGAUAUACAACUGCGUUCUUGAUGGCCUCGCUUUCACAACGAAAGUUGUGCACUGGCUCGGUAAGGAGAGCCCUUUCUAA